AUGGUCAAUGAGAAGAAGAGUCGAGAUUUAUUAGCUGACUAUUUUGAUGUUUUUAACGAGGAAGUGAAGCAAUUUCUUGACCCGUACGCCAGCAACGACUAUGAGUUAGAAGGAUCGCACAUUCAUAUCGACAGUAAGGUUAGCUGGUUCGAAGAUAAUAAGAAAACAGAGGACACUGCUUCGGUUUCGGAGCUGGAGUCCGAGUCUGAGUCUGACGAUGCGGCCGACAGUUACGACGACGAGCGCUACCAGACAGCCGAAGAGUACCAAGAGGAGACACCUAGGAGAGACGGUGACAAUGGUGGAUCGAUGGGGAGCUUUUGGAGCGUAGCUGAAAAGAUUAUGUUCUUCCAUUGCCUCUCUCGCUACUCGAUUCACGGAUUGGAUGAAUGGCGGGAGAGGCUACCUUCGAAGUCCAAAUUCGAGAUUCUUGUGUACUACAGGGUUCUUAAAGAAAACCUGAACCGUCUGAAGACGUUGGGAGGAAGCUUCCGCCGAAUACUGUCGAGAGCUGAGCUACCGAUUGCCUACGAGAUGGAUGAGUUUUAUGUUUCCCUCGAAGAGAGAAUGAGCGCGAGAGUCAGGCUGGAGACUGAUACGCCUGCCGUGGAUUCUGAACCUGAUGAAAGCGGCCUGAUAUCUUUCGAAAACUGGAAUAAGCGGUGGAUGCCGAUAUACUCGAAAACUAGGGCGGAGGAGCUGACCCCAGCAUGUUACCAGCCGUUGCCUUUUUCGCAAGACGCCAUGGAUUUCCUGACCCAACGUUGCAUCGAGUACACUAGACGACUUCUGACUACAGCAAUCCUUACCGACAUGGAGAAAGUCAGCAUUCCAACGGCUCUAUUUCGAGGACAAGAAGAGGAGGCCAACGCGGAUGACCGCACAAUCGUCUUCUCCAAUCCGAAGAAGUACUUUCCUCAUGUAGUAACCAAGGAGAGCAUCGUGAACGCCGUAUAUUUACUAAGACAAGAGGGUUUCGAUGCCCCAACGCUGCCCGAAACAAUACUGAGGACUAUAAAGAAGUUUGACUUGGAGCAUGACGAGGAUGGAAGGCUAUUCAGGAGCAAAUCUCUCACGGCUUCCCUGGUGCCUUCCCUGCUGGAAAGCUUCUCCGUCACAGGACUGCCCCUUUCAAGACAAGAAGCUGUUGGACACCCAGACGAGGAACUAGAUCUCCCUCUCAUCAAGAAGCUGUACAGGCUAAAUGGCGGAAAGCCGCCGCAUAAGAAAAGGCGGAUAGAACAGCCAGAGGAUCAUUUCUUGCAGGACGAUGAGCUCGACCGAAUGGACAAUCCGCUCGAGUUGGAGCUCUGCGAUUGGGAAACGCAACUUCUCGAUGCCGCGGACAUGCGCGAGUCGCGCUUGCAUCAACACAGGCUGAUAGCAUACUUCACAGGCGACACAACACCGCUUACGGUUGAAGCAAAUACUACCUUGCAAGACAUAAAGAGCCCAAUUCCACUGGUUCCAACCACUAUGAUCAAGCGGUAUAUGCAUUCUAACACGUGA